AUGUUUAAAUUUUUGAAGAGCAACGCGAGCACUUCAAGCAAUCCAGAUGAGUUGGCGCUAGUUGCUGUGGGGGAACAAAAUAAGGUUGAUGUAGAAGAUGAUGUCGGUACAGAGGACGACGUUCAGGUUAAUGCGGAUAGUGACAAUGUAACUGAUCAUCAUGAUAAAUCUGCUAGUGUUGAUGAUGAACCAGUUCCAGUUAGUGUGGAUAUUUAUGACCCGGUAAAUUGGGCUACUCUUGGUAACAAAGAAAGGGACAUGUUAGUGGAGAAGGGUCCUAUCAUAGAAGAGAAUAUAACUUUUCGUUCAUAUGCUAAGAAGAGACAUCUUUCAUAUUCGCAUUAUACUAGACAGAUGAGCAAUGGAGAAAGUUCUUUGGCGCAUGAUGGGUUUUGUGAUUGGAAACAUAUCACCGAUAGACUCAAAGAACAUGAAGUUAGUGCCGAUCAUAUGACAAGCAUGAUCUCUUGGAACGAAUUGAGAAGUAGACUGAGCAAACAUGGAAUAAUUAAUAAGGAGUUGCAGCAUGAGAUCACAAAAGAGAAGGAGCGCUUGAGGCAAGUUUUACUAAGAAUAGUUGCUAUUGUGAAAUUUCUUGGUAAACGCAGUUUGGCAUUCAGAGGAUCCAGUGAGAAACUUUAUGAUGAUCAUAAUGACCACAUUAGACGGAUUCAAAGCAAAGAGUUCAUUAUCAUUAUCUUAGUAGUUAAGAUGGCCAAAUAUUUCUUUGUUAUUCUUGAUUGUACCCCAGAUGUGAGUCAGCAGGAGAAAAUGAGUUUGUUGGUCCGAUGUGUUAAUACGUCUGAUGCACAGGUAAAAAUUGAGGAGCACUUUCUUGGUUUCUUGGUAGCGAAUGACACAUCUGGUGAAGGGCUUUUCAAUGUACUGGUUGAAUCCAUCAAGUCAUAUGGUCUUCUUAUUGAUGAUAUUAGGGGUCAAGUAAACACAGUCAGCAAGAAGUUGCAAUCAACAUCCAUGUGCAUUGAUUCUACAAUUCAACAAAUAGAAGGUAUGCGUACUCACUUUGAGACAUAUAGAAAUAAAGCAUUUGAUGUGGCUUUGAAGACUGCCAAGGAUAUAUGGGUGUAG